AUGGCGCCGAACAAGGACCACAAGGAGGCAAAGUUCUCCCAGUUGCCGCUGAGCACCAGCGGUCCCAUCAGCUGCGCCGUGACCGGUACGGCCUUGCUUAACACCCCCUACCUCAACAAGGGGACUGCCUUCCCAGAAGACGAGCGCCGAGAAUUUAACCUCACCGGCUUGCUGCCGCAGUGCGUCGAUACCCUGGAACAGCAGAUGCAACGCGCCUAUGAACAGUACAAGUCGCGGCGAGACGAUCUUGCCAAGAACACGUUCCUGACUUCGUUGAAGGAGCAGAACGAGGUGCUGUACUACAGGCUCUUGCAAGCGUAUCUCCCCGAAAUGUUCAGCAUCGUCUACACCCCGACCGAGGGAGACGCUAUCCAGAACUUUUCCCGCCUCUUCAGGAGGCCCGACGGCUGCUUCCUCAACAUCGACGACAUUGACCGCGUCCACCACGACCUCGCCCAGUGGGGACGGCCAGAGGACAUUGACUACAUCGUCGUCACCGACGGCGAAGAAAUCCUUGGCAUCGGCGACCAGGGCGUCGGCGGCAUCUUGAUCUCCGUGGCGAAGCUUGUCCUCACAACGCUUUGUGCCGGUGUGCAUCCCAAUAGGACAUUGCCUGUUGUGCUGGACUGCGGUACGGAUAACGAAGAGCUCUUGAACGACAAGCUCUACCUGGGUCUCCGCCAAAAUCGCGUGCGGGGACAGAAGUAUGACCGUUUUGUCGAUGAGUUCGUCAAAGCUGCCAGGAAGUUGUACCCGCGCGCUUAUAUACACUUUGAGGACUUUGGUCUCACAAAUGCACGGAGGAUUCUGGACCAGUAUCGCCCUCACAUCCCGUGCUUCAACGACGAUGUACAAGGAACAGGCUGCGUUACGCUCGCCGCCAUUAUGGCUGGGUUGCACGUGAGCAACCAGAAACUCUCUGACUUGCGUUUGGUUGUCUUUGGGGCCGGGUCGGCCGGCGUCGGCAUUGCAGACCAAGUCAGGGAUGCCAUUGCCGCCGAGAGAAACAUCGGCAAGGAGGAGGCGGCCAAGCAUAUCUGGCUGAUCGAUAAGCCCGGUCUGUUGACAACAGAAAGCGAGUUGUCGACAGCCCAAAAGGACUAUGCGCGAGACUCGUCAGAGUGGAAGGGCAAAGAUGGCUCCCUCCUCGAAGUUGUCAAAACCGUCAAGCCCAACGUGCUCAUAGGCACCUCCACCAAGCCCAAAGCCUUUACUGAAGAAAUCGUCCGAGCCAUGGCCGAGGGUGUCGAGAGGCCCAUCAUCCUCCCGCUCUCCAACCCCACACGCCUGCACGAGGCCGUGCCCGAGGACAUUUACAAGUGGACCGACGGCAAGGCCCUCGUCGCGACGGGGUCACCGUUCGAGCCCGUCAAGGGGCCUUGGGGCGAGGGCGGCAAGGAGGUUGAGAUUGAGGUUGCUGAGUGUAACAACUCCGUCGUCUUUCCCGGCAUCGGUCUGGGCUCCGUGCUGUCCCGCGCGAGAUUGGUCACGGACAAGAUGCUCGUGGCAGCGGUCGAGGGCGUCGCGUCGCUGAGCCCCGCUUUGAAGGACCAAAAGGCGCCCCUGCUGCCCGGCGUCGAUAUCGUCAGGGAUGUCAGCGUGAGGGUUGCAAGGAGGGUGAUCAAGGCAGCCGUUGAGGAGGGCGUCGCGACGGAGGAGGGCAUCCCCGACAACGACGAAGACUUGGACGAGUGGAUCCGAGAGCAGAUGUGGCAGCCCACCUACCGGCCGCUCAAGCUUGUCGAGUUCAAGGAGGCAAGUAGGGAGGCCAAAGGGGAGAUGAAGGUCGUGGGCAGCUUGGCCUAG